AUGGGUCAAGCCGUCUCCGCUGAUUCUUCCUCCAGCCGCCGCCUCUCCCAGCCACGCCCGCUGGCUCCUCAGGCUUGCGUGCCUGCGAAAGCAGCAAAGGACGCCGACACAGAGCUCAUGCGUGUCUUCAAGAGCUUCGACGCUGACGCUGAUGGCCGCAUCUCGGCCUCCGAGAUUCAGAAGCUGCGCAGGUGCACGACCGCGGAGGCGAAGGAGAUGGUCGCCGCGGUGGACAGCGACGGGGACGGGUUCAUCAGCAUCGAGGAGUUCGGGGCACUGCUGGACGACGGGGAGUCUGACGCGCUACGCAUGGCUUUCCAGGAGUACGACGAGAACGGGGACGGGAUGAUCACCGCGGAGGAGCUGUUCAGAGCGCUGCGACGGGUGCUCCCCGACGAGGAUCUGACGGUCGAGAAGUGCUCCGAGAUGAUAGCCGGGGUAGACAAGGACGGCGACGGCCUCAUCUCCUUCGACGAGUUCAAGGCCAUGAUGGGGACCAAGAGCUCGUGA